AUGAAUGUGAACAUCACAAGAGAAUAUCUUGAGAAAUUUGGUUUUGAGAUUCAUAGAAUGGAAAGUCGAUUUGAACCCCAAAAAUAUAUCACAUUCUUGGAAAACAGAAUAAAUUCUGAGAGAAUGAUUAUUGAAUUGACCGAGGAGAAGAAAGACAUUAUCUAUGAAGAAUUGCAUUAUGCUGUAUCGGGACAAAGUGAUAACAUAUCCAACAUAAAAUUGACCGGGCCGGGCCAAUGCAUGACUUCUAGCAAAUUCAUGAAUGUUUUUACCAUCAUUGGACAAAAACAGUGCAUUCGAAAAUGUUUACAGAAUCGCCAGUGCAAGUCUGUGAACUAUCGAAAGAGACAGCUCGAUUGUGAACUAAUUGCAGAAAAACAUGGUGAAUCGGGAACCUCUCUAGUUCUGGACUCAGAGUGUGACUAUAUUGAAAUGGAAAAUCAACCACAGGAGCUUGCUGGAUCUUGCAAUUCAACAUCGUGUAAAGAGGAGUGCGUGGCUCUGAGUAGCGGAAAACCAUUCUGCAUAAAUGACAAAUGUCCUACAUCAUGGCAGAUAAACGGAGAGAAGAAAUAUUGUUUUGUGUACAAUUCUCUUAAGUGGCAGGCUGCCAAGGAUAGUUGCAUUUGGAUGGGAGCACAUCUUCUGGCAAUAGAAAAUGAGACUGAACAAACCUGGAGUAAAAGCAAAAGCUUUGGGAAUAAAUGGUGGAUUGGGGGAACAGAUGAAGAGUCCGAGGGCACGUUUUACUGGGAACAUUCUAACAGCACAUUGAAUUACACAAACUGGAAUAGAAAUGAUCCUAACGGGGGGUCAAGUGAAAAUUGCAUCGUAAUGGUUUCUGGGGGUGUUUGGAAUGAUGAAAAUUGUGAUGAUUAUCUUUACUAUAUUUGUGAAAGAAAAAAAUUAAUAAUAUACAUGUACAUGUAAGAGACUUUUCGAUGAAUGUUAUACAUGUAACUUCAUAGCAUUAAAUGGCAAUUCUG